AUGGAUGCUUCAAAGAUAAGACGGUAUAUCAACCGAUUCCGAAUCCUCAUUAUCGGAAGAGCGAAUGCAGGAAAAACCACCAUCCUGCAGAGGGUCGAUCCCGCCGUAUUGAUGGCAUCUAGAGAGCGCGGAGUGCAUGAUAUCGAAAAUGAGAUGGUCUUUCGAAGUAACCCUGGAUUUGUCUUUCAUGAUUCACGCGGGUUUGAGGCUGGAGGACAGUCCGAGUUUGAUAAAGUGAAGGCUUUUAUCACACGUCGUUCUAACGAAAGACUCGGUUUGCGUAACCGAAUCCAUGUGAUAUGGUACUGCAUUCCUAUGGAUGAGGAUGCCAGGUCUUUCACGGAAGCGGAAGUCAAGUUUUUUACGCAAUGCAACACUGGAAAUAUAAUAGUGUUGUUCACUAAGUUUGACGCUCUCUACGACGAUGAAUUUGCAGAACUGAUAAGUAAGGGAGCAUCGAGAAAAGACGCUGAAGUGCUGGCCCCGCAGCAUGCCAAAGAAGCAUUCGAGAAUGGGCCACAACUAAAGCUUUUGUACAACCGCAAGGGCAACCAACAUCCUCCAAGAUGUCACAUAUGCCUGGCAGAUAUGGACAAGGACGACGCAGACUGCGGGAUACUUAUCGAAUGCACGGCCAAAACUCUGGAUGAUGAUACCCUCAAACAAAUGUUUAUCUCAACUCAGCGGACCAAUGUGGAGUUGUGCAUGAGAUACGCAGUCGAAAUGUAA